GCGCCCACCAUUCCUUUACGGCAGCCUGAGCGCAGCGGCCGCAAUGCCCUCUGGGAGGUGUAGUCCCGUGCCCCGGUAAUGGGCGUGGUCUACCCGCGUCUUCUGAACUACGGCUCCCAGCAGGCAGCGCGGCGGCCGGAGCGGCGGGAGGGGAUAGUGACGGAGAUCGGUGUCUGGCCCCCGGAGGGGCCCCAGGAGCCGGACAUGCUGGAGGCUGCCAUGGGGGAGGACAGCGCCGAAGAUCCAUCUCUGAGUCUGAAGUCCGUGCCUCAGCAGCCCCCCCAGAAACGUUCUCGUACAGUCGAAGACUUUAACCGGUUCUGCUCCUUCGUCCUCGCUUAUGCUGGCUACAUCCCUGCACCCACUAAGGAGGAGAGGUCAUGGACUCCCCCCAGUUCCGCUUCCCCUCAUCGGACGGAGGAGAGUGACAGCUGCGAAUCUCCGGACGCACCACGUGGUACCCUGGCGCCAGCCACCUCUGACCUCAGCACUAUCCAGACUUUCGUGAUGAAGGCGAAGAGUCAUGGUGAGGCAGGGAGCAGCAGUAAGCGGAAAGGAGGAGAACAUUCCCGUGUGAAGAGAAGCAGUCGUAGGAAGAGGAGGCAGAGGCACCGAGGGGGAGCUGGCAUGAGGCUGAGUGACACGGACACUGAUGAUGAGGAUAGGGGAGAGAGACCCUUGGUGUCCCAAACUGCUCCUCAGCCACCUCCAAGCGCAGAAAGCAGUCGGGACGGUGGUGGCAGCUCUAGUGACGCAGAUACGCAGGUGAUGGAUGAAGAUAUAAUGGUGGAAUCAGGUGACGACUCCUGGGACCUGGUGACAUGUUACUGCGAGAAGCCGUUCGCCGGACGCCCGAUGAUUGAGUGUAACAUCUGCUGUACGUGGGUUCAUCUCUCCUGCGCGAAGAUCCGGAAGAGUAACGUCCCCGACAUCUAUUACUGCCAGAAGUGCAGGGAGGGGAGGAACGGGGGCAGCACAGGGCCCAAAGAGGAACCCUGACACCCCUUCAUCAGACUUGGACUGAGUGCAGACAGUGGGGAGGAGGGUGGUGAGCGGGAUGGCGGAGCAGUCUCCUCCGCAGAGCGCUGCGCUCGCACCGGUGUACAGAUCACGCAGCGCUCUGCUCAUUCUUGUGUAAAUAGUGGACAGAAACUUUAUUUUUUUUUCUGCCCCCCCUGUAAUAAUUCCUGUUUCUAUCCCAGAAAUAAAAGUUACUUUGUGUAUAGCA